AUGACAGAAAUUCGGUUUGAAGAGAGCAUUUGGACGGUGCCUUUGCUGUUGGGUGUUGCGGAGCUCCCUCUUGGGUGGUUUGACAGCCUUUUCGCUACCGUGCUCGUGUUGCUCAACCUGACCAUGCAAUCGUGCUUCACGGCCAUUCUGCUUACACGUGCUUUCAUGGGCGAUGCUUUUGAAACGAAGGUUCGUGCUGCGGAAGUCUGGCGCAACAGUGUGGCACAUGAUUUCAGGCACCUGGACCUGGCGGACACAAGCCUGGUGUCGCGAGUGUGUCUGGGGGAUGAGGCCCUCAUUCUCUCGACGACCCAAGCAACUUUGAUCGAACAUAUCAAUGGUUUUCUUGGCUUGGAAAGGGCGCAGUUCGUUCUUGGGAGCUUCCAACCCGGCGUUCUGCUCUGCAUGCUCUGCAUCGUCCUGUGGACACUGUGCGUGUACAAGGAGUUCCGGUUGAUAUGGACGCAGGCGGAGAUCGCCUGUGCCAUUCCGACGUCGCAGAGGACAUCCAAUGUUCAAUAG